AUGCUCUGGGCGAGUCUUGCGCUGGGAGCCGUUGCAGUGGCUGUUUGUGCUGCGCAAGCGGAUGAGGACACCAGUUUGCUCCUGCAGUAUGGAACUCGAGACAGGUUUCACAUCCCCCAAACUGAAGAGUUUCGUUGGGGUUGGCAUCGCAAGCUUCGGCGCCGAGCGAAGCAUCGUAAAGCUUGGCAUCCUGCAGGUUACGGUGGCUACAGCACCGCUGGCAGGUCGACGACAUUGACCAGCACCCUGACUCAAUGUGGUUAUCCCAUCUUGCAAGGCAGAACCUACGAUCUUCACAUCUUCUCGUUCGUGGGUAAUGGAACGACGGCAACGGCCGAGCGGGUCGCCGGGCAGCUGGCUUUUGAACCCUCUACACAUGAAAGAUUUGCGGAGGCGGUUCUGUCAGGCCUCCGCACCGAAACUGCGAGUUUCCCUGACCGGCGAAAGCUCUGCGCAUGGAGCAGCCAGAGGAUGCUAGUCUGCACGGAACACCACAACGGCAGCACUGGCAGUCUUAUCUCUGCCAAUGCCAUUGCUUCCGCAGUCGCCCAACUGGCAAUCGAUGCGGAGAGCCUCAACGAAAGCAACUUUUCCGGCCUCGGCGCCGUCCAAGGCGAUCUCCAGCAGGUCUUUGGCCUCCUGGACACAAGCGGUGACUUCACCAGCUUCUUGAAAGUCUCACAUUUCGGGGCUCAGUCUUGCGUGCCAGCGGGCUUCGAGUUCUCGCCUCCCGGACGCGGUUCCCUCCUGCGAGACUCGAGCUUUGCUGCCCGUAUCGAUGUCGGCUAUGCCGGUGCCGCCGUUGCCGGCACAUUGGACAGGUCCGAAGCCGAUUCCAAGUUUCCCAGCCUCCUGGGCCAACGCUUCGACGUUUCUUGGACGCUGUGCUACCGACGGCGAGACCACACGGUGGCCACAGCGAUCGACGUUGUGAACAUCACCGGGACCUUAAUGUUUACCGAGCAGUUGAACUACCAAAACCAACCGGACAGCAGUGGCAGGUUCGCGCUCGCGACUUACUCUGGGCUUGUGGCUUCCCCAGCAGUUCUGACCAUGCCGUCGACAGUUAGCGAGGUGUGUGCCUUCCCUGACAAGAGGUCGCUGGUUUGUUCGAGGCUUGUGGAGGCCACAGAGGGCAGCCCCAUUUUCGGCAGCUUCAGCAGCGUAGCAGUCUUUGUCAAUGCUUAUGCCAAAGCGAGAACAGUCAUGGAGAGCAGUGCCGACCAAGCCUUUGAGAAUUCCGACGAACCAUCCGACGUCAUAAAUCAAGUCGCUGAAGCCUUUGCUUCGGCGGGGUUUUCAAACGCCAGUACUCUCGCCAGGGCCGUGGCAAUCGGUACUGCACUGGUAGGCUCUGUGAAGGCGGCCGCAGACGAGAAUCGACGCUUCACCGAGCUGCUUCAACUGGAGCGCUUCGACUGCUCAGGCGAUUUCACAUGGGAGACCUGUGUUCCGUGGUUGAUCCGUUUCGCGAACCCUGGUCGUGGCUCUUCCUGGGCCAGCAGGGCAAUUCCACGAUCGAGAGCUUCGAUGCAGUGGCCGUUGGCAGUGCUGUGCGGCAUGGCUUUGACUUUGAGCUUCCUGAAGAAGACACUGACACAGCAGAUCCGAUCCCCUGCAACUGCUCCUUUAAUGAAUACCCCAGUUUUUCUCUUGCAAAGAAGCUCCGCGUUACCCUCACACGAUUCAGCCGCUUGGAGAUCCCGGAAGCGCCAGGCAUCCCUUCAGACGGACCGAUUGGAAGCAGAAGUCUUGGGCCAAUUCAACGAGCAAGGUCUUUCCGAUGAUGUCGGUCGCUUCGUGUACUUGGAAUUGUCAGGGGGAGAUCCUGCUUCCAAGAUAUCGCUGGCAGUCUGCGCAAAGGCAUCGAAGAGCUCACUGGUUUGCGCAAGAACGAGCCUGCUGAAUCAAGAAGCCAUUGCUGAGGCGCAGGUGAGCAUUGCAAUGCAAGUCGUGGCUGACGCAGACGCCGCAGCCGGGGGCCCUCGCCGCGAGCACCCUCCUCCUCGAAAGCAACGCUGA